AUGGGUGCUUUUCGACCUGCGAGAGCGAAAGCGCUUUUGCUAGCGAUGCUCACUUUGAUUUUAGUUUGCACUGUCUACUUUUACUGGUCCCCGACCACUGCGUCCUCCACCGUUCCUCUGGUCCCAAAUACAGCAUUCGAGGUUCCCCUCACGGAACGCCAGAAGGACUUCUGGAAAGUCCUCCGCCCCAUAAUUGAACGCCACAAACCGAAUUGCCCUUCCCCGGAAAAGCGAGGCGAUGUGCAAGCUCAGCACUUUGACCCCACAAAAGACCAGCCACGGCCUGACCUAACAGGUCUGAGUGAUGAAGAUGUACGCAAAAUGGAAGAAUCCCAUGCGGCCUUCAUCGAGGAUGUCAAGAAUUCGGACAAGAAGUUGAAGCCGAUUCAUACCCCGGGCAAGCGAGGACUGGUAUCGACAGCUGGUGCUACAUAUCUCCCUGUUUUCGUCUCAUCGCUGCGCAUGCUCCGCCGCGCGGGGUCAAAUUUGCCGGUUGAACUCUUCAUGAAGGAUGCUACCGAACACGAGAAACAUAUUUGCAACAAUGUGCUUCCCAAACUCGAUGCGCGGUGUUUGAUACUAGCAGAUGUGGUGGGUAAAAAUAUCAUUGAACACUAUCAACUCAAAAUCUUCGCUGUUCUUUUCUCAUCCUUCGAAGAAAUUGUCUGGAUGGAUGCCGACUGCUUCCCUCUUGGUAAACCCGAGGAUCUGCUCGACUCAGAGCCAUUUAAAACCAAUGGUCUUAUCACAUGGCCCGACUUCUGGGCUUCCUCCGCAUCUCCGUUGUACUACAGAAUUUCACGUCAAGAGGCACCGUCCAUGGCUGCCAGACAGUCAUCAGAAACCGGGGUAUUCUUAGUCUCCAAGAAAACCCAUUCCCUAGCUCUCUUGCUGGCGGCGUAUUAUAACUUUUACGGCCCCUCGCAUUAUUUCCGCUUGUUAAGUCAAGGAGGACCUGGCGAGGGAGACAAGGAAACCUUUAUUCAAGCUGCCUCUGCUGUAGGCGCACCUUUCUAUACUGUCAGUGAGAGGGUGCAAGCCAUCGGACACGCGAAUGCAGAUCAGCUGUCUGGAUCAGCCAUGGCACAGUCAGAUCCGCGCGAGGACUUUGCCUUGAUCCAGCAGGAUAAGCGACGUGUAAAAGACGAGUCUGUUGCCCCUGCACCACACAUCUUCUUCAUCCACGCAAACUAUCCCAAAUUCAACCCCGGCGACCGGAUUUUCGGCAUGGGAUGGGAAACAACUCCUACUUUGAAGAAGGACGGCUCAGAUGGACGCGCCUGGACGGCACCCCCAGAGGCCAUCAAGCGAUUUGGAUACGAUGUCGAAAAGGCUUACUGGGAGGAGAUUAAAUGGGUCAGCUGCAACCUCGAAACAGCGUUCAAGACGUGGGAGAACAAACUGGGCCUUUGCAAGAGAGUCGAAGAAUACUGGGGUCAUGUCUUUGCUGAGCCGCAUGACGAUGACCCCAAGUUUACUCUGGAUGGCUGA